GAACCAGCCCUCCCUCCCCGGGGAGGUUUUGAUUUUAGUGGCUUUCUUUCCUUUUAUUUUCCGUGGUGUCGGGGGUUUUGGCUGCUGACUGAACUUGCGGCGGGUCCGAGUGCAAUCUCAGAGGUAACCCAGAAGGCGGGUGACCCUGACACCAUGCACGCCGAAGCAGAAGAAUCCAAGGAAGUGGCCACAGAUGUCUUUAAUUCCAAAAACCUGGCCGUUCAGGCGCAAAAGAAGAUCUUGGGUAAAAUGGUAUCCAAAUCCAUCGCCACAACCUUAAUCGAUGACACGAGCAGCGAAGUGCUGGAUGAGCUCUACCGGGUGACCAGGGAGUACACCCAGAACAAGAAGGAGGCGGAGAAAAUCAUCAAAAACCUCAUCAAAACGGUCAUCAAGCUGGCUAUUCUUUACAGGAAUAAUCAGUUUAAUCAAGACGAGCUAGCGCUGAUGGAGAAAUUUAAGAAGAAAGUGCAUCAGCUUGCUAUGACCGUGGUCAGUUUCCAUCAGGUGGAUUACACCUUUGACCGGAAUGUGUUGUCCAGGCUGCUGAACGAGUGCAGAGAGCUGCUCCAUCAGAUCAUCCAGCGUCACCUCACCGCCAAGUCGCACGGACGGAUUAAUAAUGUCUUUGAUCAUUUUUCAGAUUGUGAUUUCUUGGCUGCCUUGUAUAAUCCCUUUGGGAAUUUUAAACCCCACUUACAAAAACUUUGUGAUGGUGUCAACAAAAUGUUGGAUGAAGAGAACAUAUGAGCAUGUGAAUUAAGAUUGUGACUGCUCGUGAUUUAUUUGAAGGUGGAGCACUGUUGAUUUAUGAAGGAAAAGAAGAAUUUUUUGAAGAGAAUACAUAUUUCAGAAAGACUUUGCCCAAUUCAAUUGUCAGACAUUCAUGAUAAUCUUCUAUGAGGCUUGUUUUAUUUGAAGAAACGCAUAUUGCCAAGCACUGUGGUUAAAAGCUUCCUAAGGGUUAACAGAUCAUGUGAAAGAUGUCUGGUUGCAUAAUGCAAGGAUACAGUUAUACAAAGACAAACAUGUAUGGCUCCAAACCUCGAGACAUCUUUUUUAGGGCAGUUGUUGUUGUGUCGGUGCCACAUUGGAUAUUUCUAACAUGUACAGAGUUACGUAUUUUGACUCACUUUUAUUCCUUACAAUGUAUAUGUACCUCUUUUAAAAAGCCAAGAACUUUCUCUUGCUGUCAUUUCUCCUUUUGAAACAAUUCCAUUUUCAAGUCUACCUUUUGUUAAAGAUUCUUUUGUUAAAGAUUUUUGUCAUUGACAUUCAAGUAUGAAGGCAGUCAAAUUUGAACCCUCAAAGAAAUAGAAAACUGCUUCUCUGAAAUCAAUAUUGUAGAAACCAAUUCUAUUGGACAUUAUGAAUAAUGUCAAAUAUAAGAAUAUGCCUCUGGAGUUGAGUCCUGUUUUUUAGUACCAACAGCAACGCUUUUCAAAACGUGAUAAUCCCCCGAAAUUUAAUGGCAUAUACCAUUGCCUUGAAAUGCUUGCUGAGGGCUUAACUUCCAUGUUAUUUUGAAAAUGUGCUGAUGGAAUCUUCAUUUUUAACAUUCAUUUCAAAUGUAAGAGACAAAGAGGAAAUCUGGGUAGUUCUUGAUAUUAGGACAAUAAAAAGUAAGUGGUAUUAAGAAAAAUAAAAUAAUCUUUAUUUUAGAUAUGAGCCCAUCAAAAUAAUUUAGGGGGAUCAGGGGCAAAAGGGAAAAAAGGAUUUUGUUACAGAACACAAGAAUGAAAAUAAUGCAUUUCAAUGUUUAAU